AUGGGGGAAAUGGUCACCCCACGAAAGACGAGCCAGUCUCCCCGGAAUCUCCACGCAGGGGACAGGAACAGCAAGCCGGUUUUUUGCCCGAAUAAGUGUGGGCGCAUGGUUCACCAGUUCAUCGACUGUCGAGCCUGCGGUACCAAGCUCUACUCCUGCAACCGGGACCUGCGCUGCGGGGAGCGGAGGCUGCAGGUGCAGCAGGACGACGACCUGAUCCUGGACUGUGCCUUGACCUGGCACCGUGCCAGCUACGGUGCCAAAAGCUACCGCUUCUACCGGAUCCCUCGUCUCUCCGCAGGCAGUGGGGGCUCAGAGCAGGCAUGGUCACAGGCCCCGACGCCUUCCUUCGUGAGACGGAUGGCAAGCAGUGAACGACUCGGGCGCUACCGCUGAAUGCUGAACGCCCGGGCUGGGUCUGCUUCCGAGCUGCGCUUCCAGGUAACAGUUGAGGUGAGAGAACCAGGAGGCCCGACCCCCCCGGGGGCCCUGAAGGCUCGUCUGCUCAUCAUCUGGGGCAGCGCUGGGCUUGUCCUACUGCUCAUCGGGGGCUGCACCUGGCUCUAUCAGCGCCAGCAGGAGGUGCCAGAGAAGUCUGGUGGCUGA